AUGAGCCGCGGAGACAACCAGCUACCGAGCAUUUGCUUCGAUGACGACUGCCAGGUGCGAGUGCUGGACAAGGAGAACAUCACGCAUACGCAGGAGCUGGAGCAAGAGAGCAACCAAUUUGCCACGAAACUUGAAGAGUUCCAUGCGAUUGUCAAAGGCGUGUUGGAAGUGAUGGAGGGACAGGCGAAGCGCAUUGAGCGUGAAAAACUGAAGGCUAUCGGGCAGCGCAACCGAGUCGACAGCGAGGUGGAGAAUCGGAAUCGUCAGAAGCAAAUGCUGGAACUACUUAUCAAGGAGAAGAAAACCGAACUGGAACGGUACAAUCUGCAGUUUCAAUCGCUCGCUAAGAUAGCCGACGAGCAGCAACUGCUCAUGGACAAGCUGAGCAACAAUGAGGCUUAGUGAAUCGGAUGCGUGUUAGCCUUUUGGCAAACCGUACAGUAUAAUAAGUCUCUUAAUUCAAAUGAGACCGGUACCUAUUUUAGUACCGGUAUCGGCAUUGU